AUGAAAGCGAACACUAGAUGGCGGAAAGGAGUGAAUACUGUUGGCCUGUUCAAUUUUCGAGGAAAGCGACACAACAGGCCGUUCACGACAAUGCAUCAGCUAAAUAAUACUUCUAAAUGCAAGACAGACGAUGAGCUUAUUAGUUACAAAUUUCAACUUAGAUAUUUAUACUGGCUGCUGGAAAACAUCUCGGAGCGAGUUAAAUGCAGACCUCCUUCCACCCUGGAAAGAUCAAGAAUCGACAUAGACUUUCCCGAUUACAUUCACGCCGAAGGAUGUUGGAAUACGUUUAUGACAUCUGGCAAGCGUCACAUGACCCGCGCCCAUUUCAACACUAUCAAAAAUAACGAAAGUCUAAUUCGACAAGCUGACGUUAACAUUAAUGGACUAUCAGUGAACCAGCAUGUAGAACCAGGCAGCAAAAAGUCUGUUAUAUCGAUGAAAGAAAAACUCCGAAGCUAUGAUUUGACACGGUUGGGAAGACUGCGUGCGAAACAAGAAGCUCUUAACAAUGUGAGAAGCAGAACAGACUACCAAAUAAUGAAGAAGAUGAGGUCGAGCGCUUCUCAUUUUACGGAAAAGACGAAGAAAAAUGAAAAAGAAAAGGCCGCUGGCAAAUGGCUACUAAAAAUCAAGGAUAAGUUCAACAACGAACAGCUUGAUUUUCUAAGGUGCGAGCUUGAAGAUCUUGCUCACGUGAAAAUACCGAAGAGUUUAUCUGCACAAGAAGACUUCUUUCGAACAUUACGAGUCCUAGAGCUACACGAAAUACAAGAUCCUGAGAUGAAAGCAUCGAUAGAGUUCGUCCGCGACAUGCUGUGCAUCGAUGAAAUUUCAUUCGACUCUUGGUUUGAAGGAAGACAACUUGAAUUGACUCCCUCUGUUGAUUCUGAUUUCCCAGUUUCGGAGCUUUGA